ACCCCAAGCUCAAAAGAACACUCGUCCAAAGCAAAACGACAAAAAUUCGCCGCUGCAACUCAGUUCGUACGUCUCUGAUGGCUUCUCCGCCCUGUUUUGGAAAAUCAAGGAGUGAAAGUAAUGAUACAGAACGAAAUACCCCACAAAGACCAGUUCUUGCCGUGGCACCUCUUAAUAGCAUGCCAUAUAUCGGUCCACCGUUGCCACAUAGUUACAGUCCUCCAUCGCCAUCACCAUCACCAUCACCAUCACCAUCACCAUCACCAGCAAGUGAGAAUAAAAAUGUGGAAAGGGUUGGACCAGCCAUUAUAUUUUUGUCUUCUUUCACAACUAAGGAAGACUGGGAUAAAAUUAUGGCCACCAACAAAAUUGGGGUUGCACUGACAGGAAGUGCUGCUGUGGGAAAAAUUGGGCCAAUUAUAGGGUUAAUGGACAUUGGUGAAUGCGAGGAUUCUUACUUGUUUCGUGUUUCUCUUCCUGGAGUAUCAAGGGAUGAGAGAGAAUUUAGUUGUGACAUUGAACCUGAUGGUAAAGUACAAAUAAAGGGAGUGACUACUACUGGAGAGCAGAUAGUUUGCAAGAACUCUCAAAUCUUUCACAUGCUAACACGGAACUUGUGCCCACCAGGGCACUUUUCUAUCUCCUUCCAGCUUCCUGGUCCAGUUGAUCAGGAACAAUUUUCUGGUUCUUUUGGGACUGAUGGGAUUUUGGAAGGCAUUGUAAAGAAAAGGUAAAGCGAAAUGUAAGUGAUUUGCUUUGUGGUGAACAUUGAGUUCAGCCAACAAGGUCGGCGUUUUAUGGAGUGGGAACUUCACAUGAAUAGAUUGAACAUGGUUUAAAAUGUUGUGGUCGGGUAGCUGAGGUUCUGAUUGCUUCUGAUUUUGAGGGAAAUGUAGCUUGACAGCUGUGCUAAUUUUUGAGGUAUGGUAAUCUCAGCCAAGUUUGUUGUGAUGUUGAGGGCUUGUUAAAUUUUCAUGUAUGCGCAAAAGUUGGCAAAUUUUGGAAUUUAUGGUGCUUUACUUUAUCAUUUCUUUCUUUUCUUUUGGAAUCUUCUUCUUAUUAUUAUUUGAUAAGAAAGGAAAAGUAUAUUAGAUGAGGAAAAAUUACAAAAGCUGAUAAGUUAUCAUCUUCAAUCAUAGAAGAUGAUAUAAGAUCAUUUAAAAGAAAUUACAACCAAACAUUCCAAUCUCUUAGAAGAUCGGAAAAAUGAAAAGCCUUAAACUCAUGAGUUUAUUGACUUUUUCUUUGGGAUCUUACUAGUUACGAGUCAUGACUCUAUUGACUUGUUGAGUAUGUUUCCUUUGCUGUAACCCUGUUCCAAUCGAGACUUUGUUAGCAGUGAUUUUUCAGUACUAUUCAGCCAUUUACAAUAGGUUGGACAUUAUUGUUCUCAAUGAAAAUGUCCUUUUGGCAAGAUAAUUUUGUAUACACUAACACUCUAUUAUUGUUAUAAUUUUUCUUGUUCUCUCCAACAAAAUCCCUUAGUGUUGACAAGAGUCUUUGUUAUGAAUAUUAGACUAUAAAUAAUACGAGUCUUUGUCAUGGAUAUUAGACUAUAAUAUGACAAUACUAUAUUUCAUAUAUUAAGUAAUGUGUGGAUUGGUGUUUAUAUAUUUGAAGUAAUGUGUAGAUUGUAGAUUAUGCUGUCAGAUAGUCAGCUAUAUUAAGCAAAUUGUGAAAAAAAAAAAAGUAAAAAAAAAACGCUCCAUGCAAUUUUUUUCCCUCCUGAAUUUUAUCUAGAGAAUGCAAAGGGGACAGGCAGCUAUAUGUUAAUUUAAUGUAUGUAAUAUUGAUGUUUAAAGAAAAUGAGUAGUAUUAUGACUGUGUUAUAGCUUUCUAAUAAACUAAUUGAAGAAAUAGAGGUUUGGAAGAGAUUCUAACUUCACUCGGAUUUUUGGUGUUCAAGGAAGUAGAGAGUUAGCCUUCAUAUGUAGAGUGUUAACUUCAUCUGUUCUGACUCUAGCUAAUUAGUCUUUGGUAGUUUAUAUGCACAGGCAAGUUAGUAAGGUCACAAUUUGGUCUUUCAAACAACCAAAGAGAAGAUGUAGGUAGUAAUUGAAGAAUUAUAAUAGAAAAAUAAAUAUUAGCAGAUUUGUGAAAUGAAGCACAAUUAUUCAAAUGCAAAUCGGGAUUCAUAUAAUGCUUGAGUUAUCAGACAGCCUUUUCGAGCUUAUCCUUUCAGGCGGUGAGUAAUAUUAUACAUGUUUAUAUUUAUAGUAAUUUUCAAGAUUUUUUUCUGUCCUUUUCUGUCAUAAGCUUAACAAUAUGAUGCUUCUUUUGGUUACCUGGCCUUCUUUUCAAAUUAAAUGUAAAUAAUUUAAUUUGAUGGUCAAUAGGGGAAAUUAAGAGUUAUAGUAGUUCAGUUGUUCUUCCGUAUCGUAUUAACAAAACUCUGUGCUCUUUGGGAGUUUCAUUAUCAAUAACUGAUAUUCUAAAAUCUUUAUAUGGUUGUAAAAAAAAACAAACAAAAAAUUGAACUUCAAGACAUCUUGUGAAUGUCUAAUUGCAAAUGCUUGGUAUGAUAAUAAAGUGAAACAGGACAUCAUUCGUGAGUACAUUUUGGCUUACUGAAUAUUUUGUAUCUGUGUAUGCAUACAAAGCAUUCAUAUUUUUAGGUCUUGAAACUACUUUUGCUACUCUGCUUUAUUUUAUCAGUCAGAAUGACUGAUAUUGGUUUGACUUCUGUCACUGAGUCAUUCGCUGGAUUAAGGAGUAAGUUAUUCAUGUAGGUCAACAAGAAAUUGCUCUUGAUUUUUAUUUGAUUCAAGUCUAAUAACUCUGAUGAUUUCUACGUUAUUCUAAGGAUGGUAAGAGAGCUAAAAAGAAGGAGACAACUAGUUUAAACUUACUAGUUAUAUGCUUAUUUUUCUUGGAGCAAAUUGUAUAGUGCUAUGAUUUUCAAACUAUAUAAAAAGAUGUCUCUUAAGAAAAUUAUAUAAAAGAGUAUAUAGCUGUAUAGUGUGGUUUAUCCACUGCAGGCCAACAGUUUUAUAGGAGACCUUUUCUACGGGGAUGAAGAGCUAUUGAAGGAUGUAUAUAUCAUAUUGACGAGAACAUAGUUACCUAAAUAGUAAGCUUUAGCUUUUCUACUAUAGUUGAGACAUGUAUAAAAGUCUUGUGAUACCUUUGUGUCAAUAAAAUCUUUACUAUACAUGCACACGGAUGUGGUACAGUGGAUGAUUUUGCAAUUCCAAUUAUGAAAAUUUUGGUGCACGUUACCAAGCUCAUUGUUUAUGUUCGAGAAACACAUUGUUUAUAAGGUGUCACAUCAGAAGCCAGUGGUAUAAACAAGCCAAAAAUGUGGCUUUUGUUGCAGUAGCAUCUUAUAAACAAACAUUUCUCAAGUAGAAAUAAUGAACUUUGUGUACAUGGUAAAGUACUAUAAUUUUCGUAAGUGCUAUUGGAUAACCGUCCACUUUAGGUCUAGUUUUACCAUUUAUGCUCAUAAUUCUUAUUGAACAUAUCUAGCAUGGUAUAGAUUUUAUCGGCACAAAAUAUCACGAGAUUUUAAUACAUAACAAAUGGAGUUCCCAAUUAGGGUAUGCAAGUUUACCAUGUAUGGGCCACCAACCCCACCCAGCGAAGUUCCCAACUAUGUUAUGUAAGUUUACCAUGUAUGGGCCACCAGCCCCACUCUAGGGUUACCAAGUUCAAGGCUUCCACACACGUUUGUAAGGUAAUGCAUGUGUAAAACAGAAGCGUGAUGGAAAACAGCGUGCGCCACAUGUAAAUCAGAAUCAUGGUUUUUACCGUGGUUGGUGAAAUAAAUCUAUAAAUAUUGCCCCAAGUUGGAUUACUGGGACAUACCUUCAUCUCUGCUAUGAGAGAAAUACUUGUCAGUCAUUUAUAGCUUUUGCAUGAUGAAGUUUUUGGUCAUGGCUUCUGAAGAGGGUGAGGGUGAUGAUGAUGAUGACGAUAAUGAAGAUGAUGACAGCGAAUUUCUGAAGUUGCUGAUUUUUUCAAACAUCAGACCAGUGAUGUACCAAAAAAGGCCCCAGGUGCAAGGACACCUUCAGUUCAAGGUUUGCCCAAUUUUCUUCUUGAAAUGGAUUGAUCUUUUGAGGCAAUUUGCCCAAUUUUCUUCUUCAAAUGGAUUAAUCUUUUGAGGCAAAGUGUUGCAAAUUUCAUUCCCUUUUAUGAAGAGGAUUUUGUUAGAUUGCUGUCCUUGAAUUUUUUUUGCAUUCAAUUUGACACUGUUUUUAUUUAUCUGCAGCAUUAGAUCCCAUCUCUUUGACAAACUGAUAGAACCUAUAUUUAUGUAUUCUGACCUUACCUAAUAAUUAUUGCAGGAGAAGCAUUGUUUCUGAACUUUAUAAAAAAAAAUAUUUUAUCACCAUUUUAUUUCAGGAUUUGGAGAAGUCCUGAAGCAAAUUAGUUACAAAUCUUUUGGAAUAUUACUUCCAGUUUUGAUGUUAUUUUUAUGGUCUCUUUGUCAUCAGUUAAUUAUGCUGUUCACAUAUUCCCUUCUUUUUGCAGUGAACUGAAGAUGUUGAAGAGGCACAGGUGUCUGGUGAAGUAGGGUCACAAGCUUCCUAAUCUCCUUGAGAUAGGUCGGAUUUUCCUGAAAAUGCCAAGAGUAAAUCAUCAAAGAAGGGGCCAAUGCUUGUUGCUUACAAAGUUGCACAAUCAGGGAAAUCUAAAGCAAAAUGUUUUGAACAUGGGGUUGUCAUAUGAAUUUGUGGUGUGGUUCAUGGACAAAUAUUUGCAAAUGCUAAGAUCUUGGAGCACAAAAGCAUUGUGGCGUUUACAGUUUUUGCCAGACACCAGACAUUAACGGGGUGCGGUUCCUUCCUCUCUCUCCAUUGAGGGAUUGAAUUUUUAAGAUUUGGAGGGAGAAGGUCUCCCUCCAUCUCUCCUCUCUCUUCCUCUUUCCUUUUUGUCAAACAAAAGGAUUCAACCUCUCGUCCCACUACUCUCCCUCCACCCAUCUCUCCUCCUUACCAAAUAUAGUGUCAUCAGGUUAAGGGUAGUUUACUUGGAUGUCAUGUCAUGGAAUCUUAUGUGGCCUGUGCCAUCCAGGUCUACCUGGGUGCCAGAAGUUUUGUUUUACAAAUCUGGUGAGUGAAGACCGGAGAUUUUUCAAUAUUGUUAAUAAGAGGUUUAAUUAAUAUAACCGGAAUUUGGAGUAGUGUUGUUUAUUCUUUGUGCUUAAUGUUAUAAGCUACCUUUCCAAAAUUUCCAAUUAGUGUUUUUCCUGUAUUCUGUUCUCCGGAUCAAAGUAGAAUAAUAAUGUACUCAUAUUUGUGCAUUUGUAGUAAACUUUCAAUAAUAAAUCUAGAAAUUAUUUCCACUA